AUGCCCAAGAAACCCGAGAAAAAGAAGCCCAGCACGGGCAGCACCGACCGUGCCCCCGUCACCAAUGACGCCCGCUUCGCCUCCGUCCACUCGGAUCCGCGCUUCGCCAUGCCGCGGCGCAAAGACGCCAAAAUCGCCAUCGACAAGCGCUUCACCCGCAUGCUCAAAGACGACGACUUUGCGCAAAAGGCCUCCGUCGACCGCUACGGCCGCAAGCUCGCAAAGGACGCCGGCAAGGCAGAAAUAAAGCGAUACUACCGCCUUGACAACGACGACGACUCUGACGCCGAAGGCUCUGGCUCCGAAGACGAGGAAGACGAGGAAGACGAAGGCAAGCCCCGCUACGACCCCGCCCGCGGCGAGGGCGUAAUUAGCUCCUCGGACGACGACAGCUCCUCGGAGGACGAAGAAGAAGAGGAGGUGGACGCCGCCGAGGAGGACCAGAUUGCGCGGCAGUUGCUGCAGCGCGAGGAGAUACCCACGGGUGAUGUCACUGCGCGGUUCGCCGCCGUCAAUCUGGACUGGGACCAUGUGGCGGCCGUGGACCUGAUGGCGGCGUUCUCGUCGUUUGCGCCGAGCGGCGGAAGGGUGCUGCGGGUCACGGUGUACCCAUCCGAGUUUGGGCGCGAGCGCAUGGAGCGCGAGAAUAUGGAGGGUCCGCCGAGUGAGAUCUUUCGGCCGAAGAAGAAGAAGGAGGACGACGACGAGGAGGAGGAAGAUAUUGAUCCGGAUGAGGAGGUUACGGUCAAGACGCUGGUGAAGGAGGAUAAGGGGGAGGAGUUUGACAGUGCAAAGCUCCGUAAUUAUCAGUUGGAGCGGCUGCGGUAUUACUAUGCGGUGGUUGAGUGUGAUAGGCCCGAGACGGCCCAUCAUAUCUACGAGCAGUGCGACGGCGCGGAGUAUGAGGCCACUGCAAACUUCUUUGACCUGCGGUUUAUCCCCGACGACACCAGCUUUGAGGACGAUACGCCGCGGGAUACGUGCACGGAGGCGCCGGCGAACUACAAACCUAAUGACUUUGUCACUGAUGCCCUGCAACACAGCAAAGUAAAACUAACCUGGGACGCCGACGACACCGCCCGCCAAACCGCCGCCAAGCGCGCCUUCUCGCAAAAGGAAGUCGAAGAAAUGGACGUCAAGGCCUACCUCGCCUCCUCCGACUCCGAAUCGGACGCCGAAGGCGCCGACAACGCGGCCGCAAAAGAAAAAUACCGCGCCCUCCUCUCUGGAAGCCUCCUCGCCGGCAAAGGCAGCAAGAAGAAGGACGACGGGGGGCCCACGGGCGACAUGGAGAUCACAUUCACGUCGGGCCUGAGCGCGAAGGAGAAGGGCGCAAAGGUCAUUGAAGACGCCGAUGACGAUGGCGAUGGUGAGCCCGCAGAGACAACGAUCGAGAAGUACGCCCGGAAGGAAAAGGAGCGCAAGCAGCGGCGCAAGGAGAAGUCCAAACUGCUCCGCGAAGGUGACGGUACCGCCGCCGACGCAGACGAAGAAGAAGCAGGGGCCGCCCCCGCGGCUGUAGACCUCGGCUUCGACGACCCCUUCUUCGCCGCCGACCCCGUAGCCGUCAACCCCAAGAAAGAAAAGAAAGCCAAAGCCAAAGCGCAGCGUGCCGCGGAGGCGGCCGAGGCGGCCGCCAAGCGCGGAGAGCUGGAGGCGCUGAUGGCGGACGCGGACCGCGACGGGCUGAACCACUUUGACAUGAAGCAGGUUGUCAAGGCCGAGAAGGCAGGCAAGGGGAAGCAUGGGAAGAAGGGGAAGAAGCGGUCGAGGCAGGCGGAGGAGGCGCUGGAGGAGGGGAUGCAGAAGGGGUUUGAGAUUGAUGUCGCGGAUGAGCGGUUUAAGGCUGUGUUUGAGCGCAAUGAGUUUGCGAUUGAUCCGACGAACCCGCGGUUUGUGAAGACGAAGGCGAUGGACAAGUUGCUUGGGGAGCGGCAGAGGAGGGGGAAGAUGACCGGUGGGAAGGGGGAGGAGGGGGAGGAGAGGCAGGGGAAGAGGAAGAAGGUGAAGGUGGGGGCGGGCGCGGAGGGGGGCGCGAAGAGUGAUGAGGUGAAGAGGCUGGUGCAGUCGUUGAAGAGUAAGAGUAAGCAGGGGAAGAAAUAG